AUGGGGAAGACAGAGGGCCAGAAGUAUUCAGUGUAUGCAAUUGACUCGAGAGAGGCUAGAGACAAGCGGAGAGACAACAUGAAAUACCUUAUUGCACCUGCCUUUCUUGUGCCCAUCUUCCUGGUACCAUCUCUGGCCCUGGUGAACACCAGUGACAAUCAUUCUCUGGAUGGCUCUGUGGGGACCCAGGCCAUCCAUGUCGAUGCCCUCCGAGGUCUGGUCAGCAUCCAAGACAACAAUGUUCUGAGCGAAUGGAAUGGAAUCGUGGACUACAAGAAUGCCCUCCUGGCAGCUAAGCUGUUUAGUAAGAUGGCCUGUGUCCUGGCCAAGAUGGACCUAACAGUCUUCCCAAGUUUGGAUAAUAUUACCCAGACCCUGGGCACACAGGAUUCUGGUCACUACCCACCCACCCGCGGACUGACCUACACGGUUUUACCCAGCCGAGUCAAAAACUUGGCCCAGUACGGAGUGCCUGUCCAGGACCUGUGCAGAGCAGUCCCUGCCUACUUUGCCCAGCAGCAAAAAGAAGGUUCCGCCCUGGACAUGGACCCAGAAUCCUGUUCUGAGCUCCAGUUUCUCUCCUUCAUGGGACUGUCUGUCUGUGGUGAGAUCCCUGGGCUCUGA